GGGCUUGGGCUGCUAUUGCACAGUUCCAAUUGUCACUCACAGUUAUGAUCACUUCCUGUGGAAGAAUGAAAGGAAACGCCCACUCUUCAGUUCAGCCUAGACACGGAGCAGAGAGGGUCUCUCUGCAGCUCUGAUGUAAUUACAUUUGUAAGAGGCUGUCUGCCUCACUCCCCUCCUGGAUAGCUUCUUCCUUCUAUCCUUAACACCCCCGGCAAAAAAAUGCAUGCCCGUUUGCUCUCUGAUCUUCAAGCACAUGUUAGACGGUAUGGAUGGCGUUGUGUGUGCGCUCCUCAUCGUGCAGCAUCCACAGAGGUACAGCCAUUGCCUGCUCGUGCCCAAGUGGUGAUCUGUGGAGGAGGAAUUAUGGGUGCCUCAGUUGCAUAUCAUCUCUCAAAGCUUGGAUGGCAUGAUGUCUUAUUGUUGGAGCAAGGAAGGUUGGCCGCUGGCUCUACCCGGUUUUGUGCUGGAAUGGUGAGCACAAUCAAGCACAUUUCUAUAGAAACAGAGAUGGCUGACUACUCAAAUAAACUUUAUCAGCAGUUGGAAGGAGAAACAGGAGUUGCCACAGGCUACAAAAAAACAGGGUCAAUCACACUGGCUCAGACACAAGAUCGCUUGAUAUCAUUGAAACGCAUUGUGUCCAGGCUAAGGAUGAAAGGUAUUCCCUGUGAGAUAAUCACACCAAAACAUGUUGCAGAACUUCAUCCUCUGAUUAAUAUUCAUGACCUGGUUGGUGCUAUGUAUGUACCUGAAGAUGCCGUGGUGUCAACUACAGAUGUGACCCUAGCUUUGGUGAAUGCUGCACAGCAAAAGGGGCUUAAAGUUCAUGAACAUACAACGGUCAACCAUGUGUUGGUGGAAAAAGGUCAUGUGAGUGGAGUAGACACAGACCGGGGACAGGUGGAGUGUGAAUACUUUGUCAACUGUGCAGGGCAGUGGGCAUAUGAGCUGGGCUUGUCUAAUGAGUCACCUGUCAGCAUUCCCCUUCAUGCCUGUGAACACUUCUACCUUCUGACCCAGCAUUUGCAGCCCCCUCUAGAAGAUACAUCUCCAACUGUUGUUGAUCCAGAUGGGAGGAUAUACAUUCGCAACUGGCAGGGGGGAAUACUUUCUGGAGGGUUUGAGAAGAAUCCCAAGCCCAUUUUCACAGAGGGUCGAAACCAGCUUGAGAUCCAGAACCUACAAGAGGACUGGGAUCACUUUGAGCCUCUGCUUACUGCAUUGCUACGCCGGAUGCCAUCCCUGGAGGCACUAGAAAUACUGCGACUGGUCAACUGCCCUGAAGCAUUCACCCCAGAUAUGCGUUGUGUGAUGGGAGAGAGCCCCACCCUUCUACACUAUUUCACCCUUGCUGGCAUGAAUUCUCAGGGGUGCUCUUUGGGUGGGGGUGCUGGCAAAUUUCUUGCUGAGUGGAUGGUCUAUGGGUAUCCUGUUGAUAAUGUGUGGCCUUUGGACGUAAAGCGAUUUGGGGCUCUGCAGAGCAGCCGCACCUUCCUGAGACAUCGAGUCAUGGAAGUUAUGCCUCUAAUAUAUGACCUGAAGGUACCACGCUGGGACUUUCAAACAGGGCGACAGCUUCGGACAUCUCCACUCUAUGAUCGGUUGGAUACACAGGGGGCACGGUGGAUGGAAAAACAUGGGUUUGAGAGGGCAAAGUACUUUGUACCUCCGGGGAAAGAUUUGUUGGCACUUGAUCAGAGCAAGACCUUCUAUAAACCUGAUUGGUUUGAUAUUGUGGGUUCAGAGGUGAAGUGCUGUAAAGAAGCUGUGUGUGUCAUAGACAUGUCUUCCUUUACUAAAUUUGAGAUCAGUUCUCCUGGGGAGCAGGCUCUGGACACUCUGCAGUACCUUUUCUCCAAUGACCUUGAUGUUCCUGUGGGACACAUUGUUCAUACUGGGAUGCUCAAUGAAAGAGGAGGAUAUGAAAAUGACUGCAGCAUUGUGCGCCUUAAUAAGCGCAGAUUCUUCAUGAUUUCCCCUACAGAUCAGCAGGUCCACUGUUGGUCCUGGCUGCGGCAGCACAUGCCCAGUGACAGUGAUUUAUUCCUUGAGGAUGUGACCUGGAAAUAUACAGCUCUUAACCUGAUUGGCCCCCGUGCUGUUGAUGUGCUCUCUGAGUUAUCCUACGCUCCAAUGACACCUGAACAUUUUCCAUCUUUGUUUUGCAAGGAAAUGAGUGUGGGAUAUGCCAAUGGGAUCCGGGUUAUGAGUAUGACACAUACGGGAGAACCUGGCUUCACUUUGUACAUCCCCAUUGAGUAUGCGCUACAUGUUUAUAAUGAACUCAUGAGUGUUGGGCAGAAGUAUGGAAUCCGAAAUGCAGGUUAUUAUGCCCUGAGAAGUCUGCGCAUAGAGAAAUUUUUUGCCUUCUGGGGCCAGGACCUUGAUGCCUUCACAACCCCACUGGAAUGUGGGCGAGAGUUCAGGGUCAAGCUUGAUAAGGGCCCUGAUUUUAUAGGCCGGGAGGCUUUGCUGAAACAGCGUGAAGAAGGCUUUUUCAAACGCUUCACCAUGUUUAUACUGGAGGAUCAUGAUACAGACCUAGACUUGUGGCCCUGGUGGGGGGAACCAAUCUAUCGCAAUGGGGAGCAUGUGGGCAAGACCACUAGCAGUGCAUACAGCUAUACACUGGGCAGGCACGUGUGUCUGGGCUUUAUACACAGCAACCAGCAACCUAUUACUCCUGAGUUUAUUAAUCGAGGAGAGUAUCACAUUGAUAUUGCCGGCCAGAGAUUUAAGGCCAAAGCCAAACUGUAUCCAUUCAGUUCUCUCUUUACUUUGAGACGCAGGAAAGAUGAAAUGGAUAUUGGAUUUUAAUUAAAAAAAGAUCUGGGCCCCUGAGAAAAGGAUGUCACAUAAAAGGACAAUAACUGGUGGAGUAGAUCCAUUUAAUCCAGAGACAAGAAAUAUAGAAAACACUGGAUUGGACUGUUUGGGUUCAAGAAGAACAUCAUGGACAUAUUGAUGAAAAGAAUACGGCUUUAGCAAAGAUAGGCAAAUCAUAUUCCAUAACUGAGCUUACAGCACUGGCUUUUGUAGGAUCUGCGAGUAACAGAUGAGUUAACCAAGGCUUAUAUACCUUUGACUAACUUCCAAUCCACUAUUAGAUAUCCAGAGCUAACGAGCAACUGAAAUCUCUCUGCACAUCAUUACAAGAAACAUGCUAGUAAUGGAGCUUUUUGGGAAAGCAUCUUUUAGCUCCAGUUCUUGAUUUUGUUAAUUUGCUAUUCCUAUUUGAAUGCUUUUAGGUUUUUAUUGAAAAGCAUGUGCACUGCUCGCUUCCUGAGAACCCCCCCCCCUACAGGACGAUGACAUGGAUACACAGAUACAGUAGCUUUGCUAUACAUAUUAUAAGGGUUUCAAUGGAGUCAAAUUCCCUCAUACCAUAAGGAGACAAUGUCUGUAUCUUGUCUGACAUCACAGUCUGACAUCACAUUAGGCAUGACAGGGUUAGGGACUCCAGUAACAGAUGAAAGGUGCAAAUGGUUUGAAAACACACUAAGGGGCAGAUUUAUCAAGGGUCGAAGU